ACAGCUGGCCUCUGUGCGUGUCUGUGUCGGUGGGAAAGGGGCAGAGGACGAGGAGCCCACCGGGGCUGGGCGCCGGGAGGUAAACAAACAAUAAGCCCCCCGCCCUCCCGCCCGGGGUCCUCGGCUGCCCCCCUCCGGCGCGCAAUCCUGGCGUUUGCAGCGGACCAAGAGCCCCCCCAGCCCCGCUUGGAAAUGGGGGCGAAGGCGGCCGGCUUAGGCGAUCGCAAACGGGGUCGGCGCUGGGAGUGAAGACCCCCCCGCGCGCCCCCAGCCCUGCAAUCCAUGCAGAUCUCUCUUUCCCUCCUCCCAGACUCGUCUGCGCUGCCACGCCAGCCCGGAUCAAGGGGGGCUCAGCAUUGUCUUGGGGGAGAAAAAAUGUAACCCACGGAGACAUCCUCCAUCCCGGAGUUUCUGAUGACCUGAUGAGCCGUGGUGCAAGGUGAUCUCCCCUUGGAAGCUGAGCUGUCCCUCCCAGCGAUGGAGGUGAAGGGGCAGCUGAUCAACUCCUCCAGCUACAGCUCUUCUGAGGCUUUGCAGCGGGAGCUUUGCCCCCGAAUCCGACUGGAGCGGGUUCAAGAGCUACUGGAGAAGCAGCGGGCGCUUCAGCAGGUGCUGAGCCUACGCCUGAAGGAGCUGCGCCGCGUUUGUAUGCAGGAAGCGGAACUGACCGGAAAGUUGCCCCCGGAGUACCCCCUGGAGCCAGGCGAAAGACCUCAGCCUGUGCGGAGGAGGAGGCCAGCCCCUACCUAUCGGAUCACUGCUGCCCUAAAGAAUGAGGAAGCGCCCUCCCUGGAGGAGCUGGCCCGCGACUUGGCACUGCAGCAGCAAGUGGUCGAGGCCGCUCGGCGCCUGGCCGUUGCCCCGGAGCUGACAGCCGAGCAGCGUCGCCGUCGGAGGCAGGUCCAGGCGGAUGCCGCCCAGCGCCUCCGGGAGCUUGAGGUCCAGGUAGUCGAGUGCCGGGUGCGGCUAAGCAAAGGGCCCCCUCAGAGGGGUAGCCACGACGAAGCUUUUCAUUCGGAGAGCAGCUCUCUUUCAGAAUCAGCCAGUCACGAAAACGACGACCCUCACGGCUUCCAUCCUUCCAAAGCCUCCAAUCACCACGGACCGUUCCCUGACCGACCUUCACCCCCGAAGGCCCGCGAUCAUUUACGGGCCAUCUCCAGCAGCCCCGACCGACGCCCCGGAUGGCGGCUUCUGCAGUCCGAUCUCUACAAUGACGUGAAGGACCGCAGGAACUCUGUUGCCAGCCCUACCAGCCCAAACCGCACCCUCCCCAGGAGCGUGUCCAGCUUUGAGGGCCGGAGUGUCCCAGCUACUCCAGUCCUGGCGAGAAAUGCCUGCAGUGGAAACCACCAGUUCAGGUCUGAGGCCCCGGCACUCCACCCCCGGCAGUGGUCAGGCAGCCACGAUUCUCAGCUUGGCCCUCCAAGCCGCGACACCAGCGCUGACCGGGCUUCCCUUUUUGCUGCUCGGACCCGCCGUAGUAAUAGCUCCGAGGCCUUGAUCGAGCGAGCCCCUUCCGAAGACCCUCUGUUGCCCUCUGCCCCCCCUUUCAAGAGCACGGAGGCCCUGACCCCUUCUGUUUCAGGCAGGAAUCCUCGCCCGCCCUAUAACGAUCUUCUCCUGGACUAUUACCUUGAACGCCGGUGCUGGGGGGGCGGCGAACAUCUGUCCCGCCGGGAUGAGCCCCCCCAGCCAGAGUGGACUGCCUUUCCGGAGAGCCCUCUACAGCGCCGAGCCCGCCCGGCUGCCCGCACGAAGUCCUGUGGGCCGCUGCUGCCCCCCCAGUCCCGAGAGGUUGGCUACGGCCCCCCGUUGCCCCCUCACCAUAACUUCCAUAAAGCCCUAGCCCUGGAGGGACUCAGGGACUGGUACUUGCGCAAUGCUGGAGUCAGCCAGAGGGGAGCGCCGGAAAGACGGGGACCUGCUCAGUCCGUACAUCAGCCGCUGCGCAGCUACUGUGAACCAGUGGCCCCUAACCCGGAGAUGGGCUACUACGGGGGGCCAGGAGGCCUUCCCCACUCACUGAGCUAUGCUGGGCAGCCCCUCUAUGGCAGGUAUGGUGCCCACUUCCGUCCCCUGCCCCGAUAACCCCAUCAUCUUCCAUGCUCCCCAUGCCAUCGUCCCUCCUACCCUUUCUGACUUCGCCUUUUGCUAAUCACUUGCUUUUCCGGGGCUGUUUCCGUCUUGGCGUUCUGUUGCUGCCAGCUUGAAAAUUCUUUGAUUUCCCGGGACGACUCCUUAUUUUAAAAGGGCAUUAUUGGGAGGUGGGAAGGGGUUCUCCAGUGUAGUCACACUUCUUCAGCCAGUUGUUUUUUUAAAGGCCGGAAUGAUUGUGGCAAUCCAAGGCUUGGAAGUGUUGUGGGAUGGAAAGUAUACGGGAAAGGGAGAAGUCCUUCAAUGAGGUCUUGUGGUUUUCCUUCCUGACUCUAAUUCUCUCUUUCUCUCUCUCUCUCUUUCAUUCUUCGUUCCUCUGCCAUGCUCUCCCCAGGCCCUUUGGGGAACUGCUUUACCUGGAUGAGCCUGCUGGCCCCUACACCUUGGACUCCACCGAGCAUCCGCCCCCAGGGACUUUGGUCUGAUACCUGUUCUUUCCCCCAAGGGGAACUGCAGUUCUGUUUCUUUUGAUCUCGCUGGUGCCUCUUUUUUUCUUUCCUUCUGUGUCCCAUACCAUGUUUCGUGUGGGACUCCCUGCUGGCAGGGUUUGUGUGUGUGUGCACGUGUGUGCGCGUGUGAGUGAGGACGAGCAAGAAAGGAUUGUUGCAUGUUACACUAGAGACACAACGAGGGGAGGAACGUGUCUCGAAUUCCUAUACAUUAUUGUCCCUCCCCCCCAGAUAUUGGGGUAUGUAUCUGCUGUACCACCCGCUCCCCAAAAGGGUUUGAAUACUGUUUGGAUUCUCUCUUACGGUCACGUGGAAGUUGGUGAGGUGUGGCAUUUUAAGACCUUGGAAUUUAUAGUCAGAGGGGGCGUGUGUGUUUUGUGUAUGCAUGUGCUUCGGUUUUUGCCUUGUCAAAUGUCAAAUAGCACAGAGCGUCAACUUGCUAACGAACAUCAGUCCUGUAAAGCAAAAGUCUCCCAUAUCUCAUUUUGCCCAAAAUGUGUUGCUCCUACCAAUGCGCCUCCCCAACUUGGGGAGAGGAAUAUGGAGAGAGCCCCUGACACCCCCCCCUUGUUAUUUCCCCACAUUUCGUUCUUGGCCUGUUAGCUGAGUGUUGAGGACAGAGUUCUUGGCUUUGAUUCAGUUAAAUUAUUAUUAGUAGGCGGGUAAUGGGCAAGCCCUACCUGCUGAACUGCCCAUUUACUUCAGGCAGCUCCCCUCAUUCCAUCCUCUCUGGGGAACCCAACAGUUACUGUGGCAACAUACGGAAGGUGGACUUCGCAUACAAGGGAAUGCAUGUGCUUAAAACAUCUGUGCGCACAAGAUCUCGGGGACCAACAUGCGUGGGGUCUCCAUGCUGUCUGAUCUGUCAGUCUAAUGCAGAUGUUUACAGGGCAACAUGCAAGGUUGCCUUUUAAACUCCUAAAAGCACAGUUCCAAACCCUUCAUACCUUCCCAAAGUGUUUGGUAUACAUUAAUGUACAGAUUGUAUAAGGGAGUCUGAAUGUAAAAUUGAGCACUGUGCAUAUGGAAAGGGGGUUUCUAUAAUAAAGAUUGUUAA